AUGGACACGCCAGCUCGCUCCAGCACCGUGCGUCGCUGCUCGCGCGACGGUUGUCUCAACCAAGUGUACGCCCGCGCGCUCUGCGUGCGCCAUGGCGGGAAGAAGCAGUGCCGUGUCGAAGGCUGCUCCACCUACGCGCGCGGCGGUGCCUUCUGCUUCAAGCACGGUGGUCGGAUCACACGGCGCUAUUGCAUUGAGCCUGGCUGCGCCAAGCAAGCCCACGCCCGCCAACGCUGCGUGCGACACGGUGGCGGCCGAAAGUGCAAAGUCAACGAGUGCGAGUACCUCGCCAAGUACUCGGGCUACUGCCGUCGGCAUACCACUGCGACCGUUGCGUCGUUCGUGAACGAAGAAACGCCCUCGUCGACCAGUGCCGUUGACGCGAUGGACAUUGAGUUUGACAUGCUGACGCUCUUGGCGCAGCCAACGUCCGACGCCGAGGACACCGACGACGAGGCUGCUCGUCACGGCAUCGACUGGAUACACACGCUGAACGAAAGCCCGCCAUAA